AUGCAAGUCACCAAUCUUCUCUUCUCCCUCUUGGUCGCCGGAGCUGCGGCCAAGAAGUGCACUCGCAAGACCACCAGCGUUUUUGCCACCACCUCGAGCGCUAUCGAGACCUCCACUGCUGUGCAGACUCCCUCUUCUGUUCAGACUCCCUCUUCUGUGCAGACCUCCUCUGUUGAGACUCCUACUUCCGUGCAGACCCCCACUGUCGUGAUUCCUACGACUAUCGUCAUUUCUACUACUUCUCAACCCUCUACCACUGCCGUGGAAACCCCAAGCACCACCUUGGCCCCAUCCUCCACCUUCUCUACUUCCACCUGGGAAGACGGUACCCCCCAGAGCACUCUUCUGAGUAGAGUCUCAUCUGCGGCUUCAUCCGAAACUUUACCCGCCACCGUCGUCAUCGUUGCUUCCGCGUCCGAGGUUGCCACUACCACCUCUGAGGCUGCCGCCACUACUACCACCACUACCACCACCACCGCCGACACCAAGUCUUCCACUUCCAACGAUAACCUCACUGAGGACCAGACCAACGCUCUCAAUGCCAUCAACGCCGCCCGUGCUGAUGUCGGUACCUCCGCUCUGACCUGGGAUGAGGAGCUUGUCGCUUCUGCCCAGCAGUGGGCUAACUACCUCACCACCCUUGGCAAGCUAGAGCACUCAGGUUCCGGCGAGAACCUAUUCUGGGCCAGCGGAAGCAGCACUCCUCUUGUUGAUGCCAUCAACUCGUGGAACAGCGAAAAGAGCAACUACAAGGGUGGCUCUGUCUCCAAGGACAAUGUUGCCUCCAUCGGUCACUACACCCAAAACGUUUGGAAGUCGACUACCAAGUUUGGUAUCGCCAGCGCAACUGACUCCAAGGGCGGAAUCUACGUGGUCGCUCACUACGACCCUGUGGGCAACUUCCUUGGACAAGCCCCUUACUAA